UACGUGGCAAACGGCUGGGCGGAGCGUGAUCCGUGCGAACGCGAUCGCCGCGCCAUAGCGGGCCGUCGGUCGGUCGCUCGCAGCCUCGUCGCGCAUGUUCUUCGUCGUCGCCUUUUGUGCACUUGCCGUAGCUUGUGCUGUACUUUACUGCUACACACGGACCGCCGUCGAGGCCAUCGCCGACCCGAACUUCAAGAAAUUCCAGCUCACCUAUCUCACUGUGUACUUACUGGCCGUUGCGGGCGAUUGGCUACAAGGAGCUCAUGUCUAUGCUCUCUAUGAAUCCUAUGGCAUGUCAAAGCAUCAAAUCGAGAUCCUCUUCAUCGCCGGGUUCGGCUCCAGUCUACUUUUUGGCACCGUCAUAGGAUCGUUUGCAGAUAAAUUUGGUCGACGCAAUAACUGUCUCAUCUACGGGGUCCUGUACGGGUUGUCAUGUGUCACAAAACACUUCGGAACCAUGGAGGUCCUGAUGGUAGGACGAUUUUUGGGAGGCAUCUCAACCAGCAUUCUCUUUUCCGCCUUUGAAAGCUGGCUCGUCUACGAAAAUAACAAGCGAGGAUUUUCUGAGAAUGCUCUCGCUACAGUAUUCUCUCAUGCAGCUCUUCUCAACGGAAUAAUUGCCAUCCUAUCUGGAUUAGCUGCUCAAGCGGCUGCGAAUGCAUUUGGAUAUGUAGCUCCAUUCGACCUUUCACUAAUUGUCUUGGUAGUGAUGUCCGUAUUUGUGUUUACAACGUGGACGGAAAACUACGGUGAUGAAAAAGCGCCAGUCAAAGAGACUUUCAUCAAAGCGUUCCAUACAAUAAGAACAGACGUGAAUGUGCUUUGUUUGGGAUUGGUACAGUCACUUUUUGAAGGAUCAAUGUAUACUUUUGUCCUAGAAUGGACACCAGCACUUUCUCAGGCCUAUGGUGAAACCAUACCCCAUGGGUGGAUUUUUGCUUCGUUCAUGGUUGCCGCUAUGAUGGGUUCUUCUCUUUUCAAGUUGUUGACAAAGACGGGACAUCCGGAGAAUUUUAUGCGAUUCGUGCUUUUACUGUCAGCUGCUUGCCUUGCAGUACCAGUUAUAGCUCCGACUAGUGUAGUACUAGUAUUUAUUGCUUUUCUAGUUUUUGAGGUUUGCGUUGGCAUAUUCUGGCCAUCAAUGGGUUGUCUACGAGGUGCAUAUGUGCCGGAAGAAACUCGUUCAACUACCAUCAACCUCUUCAGGGUUCCACUCAAUCUCAUUGUCAUCAUAAUUUUGUGGGAGAACUUCUCAAUGUCUGCAAUCUUCCAAUUCUGUGUGGUGUUCUUGUUACUGGCAGCUGGAGCACAACACGUGAUGUACAGCUCUUGGCUCGCUAAGCGAUUUGAUCCUAUGUCAAUUUGAGUGGAAUUACAACUCAAAACCGCCAUCGCACUACCAAUGUCCUGCCUGAGAAGUCGUCAUCAACGCAGACGGCGCGCUCGAUUUCGAACUCAGCUUCGAAUGGAGACAGUAAAAGCUCCAAAACUGCUGCUUGAUACAAUUUCUAUUAUAUUUGUAUAGACGCUUAAGAGCCUACAAUGUGCCUACCUAUGAUGUCGCCUUUGAUUUGCCCAGCAUUUCCCAU